CGAUAGCGCGCACCUCUACGGAUAACGAGCCGUAGAUAGGAAAAACCUCAAGGACCCAGCGACUACGGCUCCGGGAUAAAUGGGGUGUUCGUCCAAGUCUCUCACUCAACGAGAGCUGCUCCUCAUGGCGCUCAGCGGCUUCCUCCUGGCGGUGUGCGUGGCGCUCAGCGCCCUGCUCGGCACGGGGGUGCUCUGUGCCGAUCCAGACCCAGUGUCCCUGUGCUCGAGUUUCCCGUGCCCCGCAUCCUGUGACCAGGCCCUCCCGCCAUGCAACGGGCUCGUCUUCGAGGAGCUCUGGGACCAACUCGACAUGGACACGUGGGAGCACGAGAUCACGCUGGGCGGCGGAGGGAACUGGGAGUUCCAGCACUACACGAACAACCGCAGCAACAGCUACGUGCGCGACGGGACUCUGUUCAUCCGCCCGACGCUCACGGAGGAGACCUACAACGAGAACUUCGUGCGCACCGGCUCCCUCAACAUCUGGGGCGCGGCUCCGGCCGACACGUGCACGGGCAACGCGUUCUACGGCUGCGAGCGCUCGGGCAACGGGGGCGACCUGGUGGUGAACCCGGUGCAGUCGGCGCGCCUGCGCACCGUCCACUCGUUCGCCUUCACCUACGGGCGCGUCGAGGUGACCGCCAAGAUGCCCACGGGCGACUGGCUGUGGCCGGCGAUCUGGAUGCUGCCCAAGAGGAACGCGUAUGGGGGUUGGCCCAGCUCCGGCGAGAUUGACAUCGUGGAGUGCCGCGGGAACGCAAAUCUCAAGGACGCUCAGGGAGUGUCUCACGGGGUGGACGAGAUGGGGUCCACCAUGCACUGGGGACCCUACCCCGACCUCAACUCCUGGCCCAAGACUCAUGCAACAAAGCACGCGAAAGAGGGGACUUUCGGAAGUGGAUUCCACAAGUAUGAGGUGGAGUGGACACCAGAAUACAUGAGGUUCCUGCUGGACGGCGAGGAAACCCUGAAGGUGAACCCGACAGCAGAUGGUUUCUGGGGCCUGGGCGCGUUCCCCAAUAACAUCGACAACCCGUGGAAGGGGCGAGGAAAGAUGGCGCCCUUCGACCAAGAUUUCUACCUGAUCUUGAACCUGGCGGUGGGGGGCACGGCCUUCUUUGUGGACGACUGGACGAACCAACCCUACCCCAAGCCCUGGUUGAACAACUCGCCCAGAGCGGCUGCCGACUUCUACAAUGCCAAGUCGCAGUGGCUCCCCACCUGGAAGAGGGAGUUGAACAACGGCGAGGAGGCGGCGCUGCAAGUGAAGGACAUCCGCGUGUGGGCCUACAAGUAGAGCCCCUCCCCCCCUUCUUGGAGCCAAGUGGAGCCACCCAUUCAACCACGUGGUCUACGUAGAGCUACCCAUGCAACCACGUGGUCAAUGUGGAGCCACAUGCAACCACGUGGGUGCACGUGGAGCCACAUGCAGCCCCUUUCGAGCCUUGCGAAGCCCCCUCGUGGAGUAACGUGAAGUUCCCCAUGCAGCCACUUGGAUCCACGUGGGGCCACCUAUGGGGCCACAGUCGUACCCAGAUCCACAAUUACUCCACCCGUAGUCACCCGGAAUAAAUGAGACCACAGGGGAGAUGGAUUGUUGAUUUGUAGAUUUAAUUUGCAGGCAAUCGUGCAAGAGCAUUGUGUGUAAGGGGGCGGGGGCCGGUAGACAAUGACGACGAUCGUCGCUCCAGAGCUGCGUUCUCACGGCCUGGACAACAAAGGGUGUCGGCCCGGCCCAACUCUAUUUCCUGUAACGGCCCGGCCUUGAAUAAUAAAAUCAAUGAUGCCUCCUCA